UAUUAUUUUUUAUUUAGCUCUUAAUAAAAACAUGUUCUAGUUUAAAGAUUUUAGGAUUGUAGGAUAUUGUUAUCAUCAUGACAUCAGAUAUUAAAGCAAGAAUUUUAGUUUUGGAAGCUGAGCUGGAAAGUCUCAAACUUCAAUUAAAUUCAGAAAAAAGUUCAGUGGAUUCUGAAUUAUGCAAUCAACCAAUAAUUCAUCCAAUAAAAAAAUGUAAUUUAAGCAAUAACGACAUUGAACGUUAUUCAAGACAGAUUAUUCUUCCUGAAGUGUCUGCUCUAGGUCAAGUGCUUAUUAGAAAAUCAAAAGUGCUUAUUGUUGGUGUUGGAGGAUUAGGAUGUCCUGCUGCGCAAUACCUUGUGGGAGCUGGCAUAGGAACAAUAGGUUUAGUUGAUUAUGAUGCUGUUGAGCUAAGCAAUUUACACCGGCAAAUACUUCACCGUGAAACCAAUAUUGGCAUGAGUAAAGUACAGUCUGCUAUAAGUGAACUCAAAAGGCUCAACUCAAGCACUUGUUUUAAUGAACAUAUUGUUUCUUUAUCUGCAACUAAUGCUUUUUCAAUUAUUGAUGAAUAUGACAUCAUACUAGAUUGUACUGAUAAUGUUGCAACAAGAUAUCUUUUGAAUGAUGCUUGUGUAUUAUAUGGUAAACCCUUGAUAUCAGGAAGUGCAUUGAGAUUUGAAGGACAACUAACUGUAUACAAUUUUCAAGGUGGUCCUUGUUACAGAUGUUUGUUUCCUGUACCUCCUCCUGCAGAUGCUGUUGCUAAUUGUUCAGAUAGUGGUGUGUUAGGUGCAGUUACUGGUGUUAUUGGUUCUUUGCAAGCAUUAGAAGCUGUAAAACUUAUAUGUUGCCAAUCAACAUCUUAUAAUGGCAGUAUGCUUUUAUUUGAUGGCUUUCGUGGCAUCUUCCGAAAUAUCAAAUUACGAGGAAAAAAGGAUAUAUGUAGCGUAUGUGGAAAAAAUCCAACGAUUACACACCUUGUGGAUCAAGAGCAUUUUUGUGGUUCAGUUUAUACUGAUAAGGCAUUAUCUCUAUCCAUCUUACCUGAUGCAAAAAGAAUUACUGUUGAGGAAUAUGCCAACUUGCGUUUAUCGAAUAAACCACACUUGUUGAUUGACGUUAGGCCUAAAGUGGAGUUUGAUAUAUGUUCACUUCCAGACUCAAUCAAUAUACCUAUCAAUGAUAUUUUGCACAAUAGAUAUGAAGGUGAACAUAAGAAAGAUAUACUUUAUGGCUACAAUGAUGUGUACAUUGUUUGCAGAAGAGGAAACGAUUCUCAGAAAGCUGUACUCUACUUUCUUACUGAGCGUGAAAAGUACAUCAAAACUGAAUGCGAAAAUAUUAAGGAUAUAAAAGGUGGUUUUUUAAGUUGGAGCAAACAAAUUGACAAGAAUUUUCCAAAUUAUUAAAGUUUUUGUUUUAAACUACAAAGUUUGUAUAAAUAUAGUUCGUAAUAAAUUUGUAUCAGUACUGA